AGAUUUGUGUUCAGUUGCUAGUUGGUCACUUGAAGUUCACCAUCCCAUAUUUGAGAAACAUCCGGCCACACUGGGAAGACAUCCAGGACCUGUGAAAUAGAUGGACGACUACUUUGAUGAGGAUGGGGCUCAUCACUGGGUGGAUGAGGAUGACCCUUACGUGGAGUUGGAUAGCUUCAACGACGACAACGACCAACCUCGGUCCAGUUCGGAUGGCUCCAGCAGCGAUUGCUGUGAUGUCGUCCUCCCGUACGAGAGUGAGCAUCCCAACAAGUAUGUCCCUUGGGCCAUGAAGCAGUAUCCUCCGGAUGUCAUUGAGGCAUGGACCAUGCUUCAUAACUGCACGCUGUCCGGCAAUCAACAACCUGCUCCAGAGUUCUUGGACAAGUUGUCCAAAGAAGUACUGGAUCAACCAAACCAUGAAGGGGAAACACUGCUGUACAUGGCUGCUUUCAGGGGACACUACCAGAUGGUUGCUACGUUGCUCAAUGCUGGAGCAAACCCUCACAAGGGAGAUGAGUUCUUUGACAUGACUCCACUCUUUGUAGCUGUACAAAAUUGUCACAUUGAGUGCGUCAACAAGUUGCUAGAGCAUGUCCCUGUCAACCAUGAGAACACUAGCGGUUUCACUGCCCUCUUCAAGGCAGCUCAGUUUGGACCUCACAAAGACAUGCUACGUUACCUCAGCCAACCUCCACCGCAUCUACAGGAAAUAAUACAUAAAACAAGACCGCAGAAUGAAGUUAUCUUAGAUACUCUGCUUGAAAAAGGAGCCGAUGUAAACUUCACAUCCAAGGUUGGACUCACACCUCUGUUGGUGGCCACCCGGGAGAACAACGUGUAUGCCGUGCGGAGGUUACUGGAGUGCGGGGCCGAUCCCAUGGCUCUAUACAAGCAUCCUAUCUCUUCCAUGAAAUCACCUCUCUCUGCCCUCGAUAUGGCUGCCGAAGAUGAGAGCACGGAAUCAUUACAAGUCAUUCUAGAGAAGUGUAGUGAUAAUAAGACCUUAAUGUCAAGGAACAGUGCAAUGUGCUUGGCGGUUCGCAAGGGGAAUCUCCCCUGUGUUCAGGCACUCAUCGAUACAGGAUUUGAUGCUGACAUGGGUGUCAAGCUACCCCCAGCAGAACUUGAGCAGUUCCGAUCAUCGGAAGAUGCGCUUCCUAUCCUCACCUGCAUUGACAAGGUUAAUCUUGACCUAGCGAGGUAUCUCCUGUCAAGGGGGGCAUCGCCGCUUUAUCACAAUCUUCCCAUCGCCGAGCCGUUUGAUAGAUGCCCUGUCUACAAUGCCUUCCUAAAGAGCAGGGCACUCCUGGAGAUCCUCCUCGCUCACUGUGCCGACAUGAAAUCUUGCCCGACCCUCAGAGACGUCCAUUUUCCUAUCAGAGAUCCUGCUGUGUGGGAGCGAACGCCGUCAUGCUUUGAAGUCAUAUUGCGGGCUGGAUUCAGGCUUAAUUUAGACUCCCUGAAUUUCAGUGAUAUUCAUCUGCAGGGAAGGAAUAUUGAGGACGUCGCCAGGAUUUGGUGGUUCUAUACAGACGAAAUUCCAAAGGAUGAAUAUCUCAAUGCGAUUCUUGUUGACUUUAUUGAAAUGCCUCGGUCACUGGCUGACCUAUGUCGAGUGACAAUACGAAGGAGCAUCAGCUUUCCCAAACUAGCCAAGCCUUCGACAUCUGUGAGGCUCUUGCCAAUACCCCAACACCUACAGGAUUACGUUGGACAUAUGUGAACGGAACCAAGACAGAGAGAAGCAGAAAAGUGCAGUGUGGUGACGGGUGUUGUGGCGUGCAUUUGUAACCCGAGCUGUGUGGGGUAGUUACAAAUAAAUGCAGUGGUUUGAGGUUUCAAGCCCUGGUUACGUCUUUCGGAUCGUGACGUUAAAGAUCGAUCCCAGACGUCCACAAUCAUAUCUGAUUGAUACAUGUCUGACAAAACUCAAUUACACAUAGAGUGUGAUGAUGACUGAAGACAAGAAGACAUGUUAGCGAGUCUUCCUCAACGAAUUCUAUUUGACAAGAUCCAGGAUUUCAUUUUGCCUAUCUUACAAUUUUAACUUGACGAAGGGCAGCACACUAUGAGAAUAAAGUUGAAAUAUAUUAUCACUGAAGCUUCAAUAAAAAGAAGACAUUAGGCCAGCUAAUGAUAUUGUAACUCUUAAGGCGUCAAUAUGUUUCAGACUCUAUCUCCGUAACCCCACUCCAGCUCACCAGGUCCCCAGGAAAGCGUUGUAAAGAUGUCAUCUCUAACCAAGAGUUUUUUCCCCCAUCUCCGUAUUUGUUGUAUUUCUUAUUAGCCUUGGCUUGACAUUGUGUGUCAAUUAUUCAUAGGGAAUAGGAAAAAUAAAUUGCUAUAUCAUGUUUUUACAGCUGCCCAUAAUGGUAUACUCAGAUAUGCAAUAUCUGCAACCCUGCUUGGAAAAAAGACCCAAUUUCUUGUCUUCCAAAACUAUUUCUUCAUCUUAUUUAACUUGGCUUCCAUAGAGGCGAUUAGGAACCCAUGCUCAACCUUCGCCUUUCAAGCUGUUAUUUUCAAAGCUCUGCAUAAAGGUUUUGCCUGAUUUUAGGGCCAACAAGCUUUUGAGGAAAUGAACAAGAUGUUAAAGUUUCAUUGACGUUGAACAAAGUGUGUUUGUAGUUGUGACCUACCACCCCCAAACCACCAAUAAGUCGCCAGGUAAGGCUCUCUGUAAAUAGCCAAAAUAGUAAGUUAGUCUCCAAAAACCAAAAGUUAAAAAAAUAGCUCAUCUGAAAGAGCAAUUCUUCUUCCUACUGUAAUAAUUUGAAGUUGUGAAGUUGAAUAAAGAAAAGAUACAAGAUUUUCUUGGACACUACUUUUUCGGACUGCUUGGAAGUUUCACUGAGAUUGCACAGUAUGCACCUUGUUUUCUCCUUAUUUUUUAAGCUCUUGCUGAAUUUCCUCUGCAUUCAAUCAAGUACUUGUAAUGGUUGGUCAAUUUUAACACAUCAUAUAUCAGUUUAAAGCUUAGGAAAUAAAUUUUCAAGCUCAAUAAAAAUCUCAAUAUUCAUUAGGGUGGACCUAUUUUUGGUUUUGGGGUGGCGGGUCACAUCAUCUUGAAAGAAGCAAUGUAUGAAUUUUUUUCAUAGUUGAUUUGAUUUGACUGCCUUCAAAAUAAUGUAAUAGCUUUGAUUGGUGUGGAGUUGUUUUUUAUUGUAGGACUAUCAUAAUAUUCUAUAUGGCUGAAUUGACAAUUUGAAAAGAUCAGAUGUUGUAGACAAUUAGAGAUGAAACACCAGAUAUAUAGAAACUAUUGAUCAUAGAAAUUAAUUUGAAAAAAAAGAAAGAUUUUUAACUUCCAUCUAAUGAAUUAGAACAUUUUAAUUCAAGUUCGAUUCUGUGCUUAUCAGUGCAAUAAGAUACAAGGAGCAUAUUUGCUGCCAUGCCAAGAUACUUUUAAAAAGAUGGAAAAUUUUUGUUUGUCUAACUUGUGCUUUAAAAGAACUUAUGUUAUACCUUGCUGGCAUGCAUAAAAAUAGGUUAUGGUAUUUGAUAUCAAGUCUCAAAGAGACCAUUGAAUUCUUCCAACAUUUUAUUAUUAUUAUUAUUCCUGGAAAAUACUAGUUUAAAGCUGUCACUAAUGUGUUAAUAAACAAGACAUUCAAGUAGUUAUGCCACUCUUCACCCAGGUGAUAAUUUGUAAUACAGGAAGGAUGCGUGAUGCUGCAAAAGAUGGCACACAUCUCUGAAAUACUGCCGGUCUUGGUCCCUCUUCUCUGAUUAAUGUUUACAAACAUUUUCAUGAAACAAAUAUUUGUUUUACCGACCAUUUUUAUGAGCUACCAGAGUCCUUGCAUCUGAUUGGCUCAGAGCAAUUUUUUAAAACACUCCCCUGGUAUUCAACAAAUAUCGUUGUUACUUGAAAUAUUCAUAGCUGACACAGUGUAAGUGCAUUGCUUUAUCUUGGAAUGUAUCUAAUCACAAGAGAGAGUGUGAACUUACAAUUCAUGUAUGCAUUCUUGUAAAUCAAAGCUCAAAUAUAUCUUGCCAAGUUUGGUGACUAAUCUUGCAAUGUUGGUGACUUUGCAAUAAGAAAAGUAGUCAAUAGCAGGAAUAGCCACAUUAAUAUAGCUUAAUGUAAAUGCCAUUGUAUUUCUUUUUGAAUGGUUUGAUAUGAAUUAUAUUUCAUGUUAGGGUAUGUGUGUGUGCGCCCAACUCUAUUAUCCAUCAUUAUUUUUAUUUUGAAAGUGAGAUUUGAUUGCUUAGUGAGUGAUAAUGAAAUUUGAUUCAACAUGGAUAAUUCCUGUGAGUUUCGUUUUGUGAUUCUGUUGUUUCUGACUUGUGAUUUAUCCGAAAAUUUUCAGGGUCCAUUGUCACAAAAUUUGCUAAAAUAGUGCUACUGUAAAUAUGUACCUUAAUUUGGCUGGCAGCAGUGUCUUUACUGAUAUGGCAAAAAUUUAUCACUUUUACUUAUUUUCCAUUAGAUUUUUAAAUAUACAUAUCAAUGACAUGUGUUAAGCUAAAAGAUAACUCAGUUUUCAGAAUUUUGCUCAAUGGCUCAUUAUUGGUAAUGCUGUUUAUGGUUAUGAAGUUAUAAGUUUCACAACACAAACAGAAUCCAGUAGGUCCAUCUUAUCUGUACCUGAAACAAAUAGUGAUUUUCACUGACUAUUGUUAUAAGCUACUGAAAUCCUUGCAUCUUAUUAGCUCAGAACAAAUCAGUCUGUGGAAGUCACUGACAAGCUGCUUCAUGAAACCCUACCCUCUUUGACACUAAUUACAUGUCACAUAGAGGUAUUAUUGCCUAUUAUUAUUUGGAUGCAGGGUUUUAGAGACCCAGAUAAUUUUGGACAUCUUGCGAGGUUGUUUCAAAGAGACAGAAUAUUAAAACUGGUUUUUAACGUGCAUGCCUAUGAAAACCAUCCAAUAUUGGACGAAUUGAAUAUUUUGCCCCGCCCAAAAGAUUAUCAUUGGUUAAUAAAUGAUUGUGCACAUGAAGCUUAUGUUUUGUCACGAUGAAAUUACACUGCGUAUUAGUUGCCGGAGGUGUGGUAAAGGAGCAGAGCGAGAUUGCGUAAAUUUAUUGAAUUCAAAUGCGCUUUCACUUUACGCCAGCGCAUCAUUAUAGAGAUUUCUUUUUAAAAAAUAACAAUAUUCAGGCGCCAUACUCAUGAUUUACAGGAUUGCCAUAAAUGAUGGUUAGUAAAAACAAUUUUUUGUUUACUUUAUUAAUUUAUGUUUAGCUUUUUGUGGGGGUAUCUAAAUAAUAAUAAUAAUAUUGGAUGACCAAUUUUCGUGGGAUGCGUAGAAAUAUUGUUACUCGCUGAAGAACAAUAUCGGAUUCGUCUCGGACUCUUCCAAUAUUGUUCUUCAGCUCGUACAAUAUUUCUUCGCAUCCCACUCAAGGCCAUCCAAUAUUCCCUAAAUACUCGUGACAACAGCCAUAAUACUGUGCAUUCCAGAAAAAGGAAACCUUUGUUCGGAGGUAGACAUCACGAUCAUGAUUUAUGUUUUGAUUUAAAAAUUAGACACUAAAAGUAAUCAACUAUGCUCGGCAGAUUGCAAGCAAUAAAAACAAGUAGGGUUGAAACAAUUAACACAGAAUCUUUCAUUUGAAUCUGGGGAGCAUAUAAAAAAAAUCAAUGAUCAGUGAUAUACACUGACUUUUUUUUCACAAGCUGCUGAAAUUAUGCAUUUGAUUGGCUUUGAAGCAUCAUGUCAGUAAAAAUCACUAAGAAGGUGCUUUAAACAGUCCCCCUGUAUUCAUUCACAUACAGAAAAAAGAGUCAUUCCUUUCUAACAGGUUUUCAUAUAAUAAAGCAAUCUCAACAUAAUUAUGCAUGACUUGAUUUUUACAUUUAAAUUUCAUACUUUUAUUGCGGUUCCAUGCAUGACCUCUCAUUGUGUGUCAAACUAAAGAAGAAACUGAAGCUCAGUGUUUUGAUAAUUUAUCAGUUUAUUGGGCUGGAAAAAUAAAUGAGAAUACCAGUUUCCCAUUUUUCUGGGACACUGAGUAAUCUGUGUGCUUCUGUCUUUGGGUUUUCAGUACUGGAUCCCAUUUCGUAAACACUUGUUACAAUAACAAAUGCACAAUUUCUAUAACAAGUUUACUGUCAGCCAGUCAAACUGAAUGAUUCUAAUAGCUUAAAACUGUUAUUGAAGAUUUGUUAGAUUAUCAUGUUUCAUGAAGUUUUAUGAAUUUCAAACAGGCCCCUGGACUUUGUAGUAACCUGUAUUGCUUCUACUUGUUGCCAGGGAUUUUAUCUAGGCCCUCUUUUGUUCAUUAGUUGAUAUUAAUGUGUGUGAUGCAUGUACAGUAGGCAUAUCAAUACAUAUUACUUUGUGUAUAAUUGUGUAUGUCAUAGACCAUGUGCACUUAAACAUAGGCCAAACUAUCAUUUUAUAGCAUUGUGCUAUGCCAAUGGUGUGAAUGAGAAGGAUAUAAAUCUAGUUGGUUGGUGAUCAUGCCAUAAUAUUGCUAUUCUUGUGUCAUUUCAUAUUCGGUUAUUAGCACAAUUUUAACUUUUGAAACUUCUAAAAUCAUGCCUUGCAUUCAUCCUUGUGUCAUCAUUACAUUGUUUGAUUAGUUUGUUCAUUUGUUGUUCAUACAUUACUUAUAUUUAUAUUUGCCAGUAUGUUAUUUGAACUUCUAUUUCAAAUUAAUGUGAACAUGUAUUAUUCAUGUAAAAUAUUACCAAAUAUGAACAAUGUCCA